UCCUAUGCAACAUUUGCAGAGGAAAUAAGAUUUGAAGGAUCCACGCAGCAACUUCUCUGUGAUUUUGCAGCUAGAAAGAGAGAGCUAUGGCUAAUAUCAAGCAAAUUCUGAUAGUUUUAGCGACUCUAUUGGUAGUUUCAACAUGGGUGCCAGUCUCUUUUUCCGCCCAGAAACCUGUUUUUGCCGCAAGAAAAAAGGACAUACCAUUCAUCAAGUGCCAAGUAUGUGAAAAGUUGGCAAAGGAGUUGUACCAGCAAGUGGCAAAAAAGCAGGCUCAGAUCUCACCCAAGAAGAUCACUGAGUAUCAAAUCAUUGAGAUGGCGGAGAAUGUUUGUAAUUUGAAGAAGGAAGAAGCUGAUUGGAUUUUGAAGAUUGAUGUAGUGGAGCAAGGGGAUAAGUUGGAGCUGGUAGAACAAGACUCUGAAGGAGAAUGCAAUUCGGAAUGCAAGACAAUAGCGCAGGCAUGUGAGGAGAUUGCGGGGUAUACUGAUACUGAUAUUGCUGAAUUCAUAUAUAGUUCCAAGCCCAGUAUUGAUUCGUUGGUAAACUAUUUGUGUAAAGACCUGACUGAUUCAUGUAGAAAGAAGCCACCUCCUGUUCCCAAGGAUAGGACUCCAGGAGAAGCAUUUGUGCCAAAAUCAUCCAAAGAUGCUGAGGUGGAGAAGUUUUUGAAAUCCAUGGAGGGUGUGCCAGGAGCAUCUAACUUGAAAAUGUAUUCAAGGGAAGAUGUGCUGAAAGUCAAAAAUUUUGGUAAUGAUGAUGGUGAUGACGAUGAUGAUGAAGAUGAUGUUGAUGAACCACACUUCCAUUCAAACUUGGCAAAAGCUAUGAAAGAGAAAGAAAGCAAAACUGAUGACUGGAAACAGAAGAUGACCAAAGGGGUAAAAGACAUAGGAGAGACAUUGAAGAGACAUGCAUACAAGAUUUCCAACAGAAUGCGACAAUGGUGGAAAAGAGUAAAAGCAGAACGCACAAAUAAGAACUUAAAUACUGGCAAGUUAGAGCUUUAGGCACCAUUUGAUUAAAGACAACAAUCUCUUCUCAAUUUUGUUCUUUUCAUAGGAAUGUGUAAUUGUGUUCUUUUAGGCUUAAGAUCGCAGAGAAAAAUGGUGGUUAGCUACCACUGAGCUUGAAUUUAGUCAGACUAGAAUCUCAAUCAGAGCCAAUUAUACCACGAAAGAAAAAGCUAAAAAAAACAUGGUGGUUAGGAAGAGGACAUUUUCUAUAAUUUAAAUAUUUUAUUUUAUUUUAUUUUAUCAAA